CUUGAUGGCAACGUCAAGUCCUUGGAAAUGGGAGAAGCAAGACGUUAAGGAAUGGGUCGACCGUCUAUUUGGCGAACAACUAGCAAUUGCUUUCGAAGACAACGAUGUCACAGGUCAUUUGCUCCUUACAGAAGUUAAUGAAGAAGUCCUUCGAGAAAACAUUAUAGUAGAAUCGUGGGGUUUAAGAAAACGCAUUUUAAACGCUAUCAAUGACCUUCUACAGAGAUACCCAGCAGAUAAUACUUCAAUAUCACCACCCAAGCCUCUUCCAAGAUCAAGUGUAGCCAUUGCUCGAAACAAACCAUUAACCAUCGAUGAAAUAUGGAGAACCCUUGAUCAACAUAUUAACAACGUCGUGAUCCCAAAAUGGGAAAAUGAGAAGAAGCCAUUACUUGAACGGUCAGCAUACGCAUUCUGGUUCAAACGAAGGAGUUGCCAUGGAUUUAUUCAGGAUUGCGAAUUUGCUCUAGACCAUAUACUCAACCAUAGAAUCCCUCGUAUAUGUGAGGCGUUAGCGCAAUCAGGAGCUACGCAAAUUGGCGAUUUACUACGAGUCUCUGCCAGCUUGGAAGUUGCAUGCUGCGACGCGCGAAAGUUGAUGUGGCAGAUCAAAGUUUUACAGGGACCAAAACCACCAGCACCAGCAGAUUCAUCGUUAAUACCUCUAAACAAAAAAGAAAAAUUGGCCCAUAAAGCUGAUAAGAGUAGUAGUGACGACGAGAGUCUCAGUAGCGAUCACACCUGGAGUUCCAUGAUUUCUGAUGACGAGACGUAUUUGGACCAGUCCGAUAGUGACUGGAACGACUUCAUUGUGGAAGAUGAUGCGAUAAGCGACGAAGGCGUGGCCGUUGAAUAUCACAGUGGCGAAGAUAACCAUUUCUAUCCAUCAUCUCAAGGAACAGAGGAAGAGAGCGACGGAAGCCAAUCGUCGUCAUCGUUAGUCAGGCAGCAGAAACGACCAAGGGACAGUUCAGAUUCUGAUGAAUCCGACUCCUUUACCAAACGGGGAAUAUCCAAACGUAUAUCCAAACCGUCUCCCGUGUCUGAAAAGCACACUUUGUAUGCACGUUCGAACCGUCAUCGUUCAAGAAAAAUCAAGCGCGUUCAUGAUGAGGAAGUGUCGGCUGUUUCAACGCAGGAUUCUGAAACGGAUACGGCGGCAAUGUCCCAAAAACGUCGUCAACUGAAAAGCGCAGAGCAAUCUGAUCAUGGCAGUUCCGGAAAGGAUCAAGAAGUUGUUUCCACUGAACAUGAAUCAGAUACUUCAUUAAGCACGCUGAGCGACAGCUCAAUAUCAGUAUAUGAAAACGAGAAGACAGGUUCUAAUGGGUUAAGAAAACACCAAAAACAAAGAGCAGUUUCAGACACCAGCGAGGUCGACGACGAUCCAUCCAUUAGAUAUCUCCUGAGUACCUAUAUAUCAGAACAAAACCUUCCGCAUGUUACAAAUACCUUUUCAAUAAUGUCAAACGCGUCUAUCCUCGAUUUAUUCCUGAGCUUCAGCGCUACGAACUUUGACGAUCUGAGUAACGAUGAGCAAGAGCUACUGGAAGAGUUGAAGCCAAUUUUUUCCCAGCUAUCCGGCGACAAAGAUCUAACUGAAAUGGUCAAAGAUGACGAACAGCGAUUAAGCCUUAUCAACGGCCUUCAAGUGGUCCGAGAUAUGCUAAGUGAGAAAGUAAAGAAAAAGAAAUCAACCCGCGUACGCAAAAGAGCAAGUAGGCUGCGCAAGAACAGACGGAUUUUGCUAAGCAACAACGAAAGUGAUACCAGUGAUGGAGAAGUAUCUUCACUUGAAGUAAAGUCAUCGACAACUGAUACACUACUCGCUAGCAAAAAGGGUUUUCGAAAAAUCCGAGACGAGUCAACAACCGUUUCGAGUAUGCGAAAGCAUCAUCAGCAAAUGUGGAAGGAGAUUGAAGCACGUGCUGAGAGUGAAUUGACCAAAAAGCAAGAAUCAGACACUGAUAUCACUAUGAACGUGGGCGACGUCGAAACAGCUAAACGAGUGACCAUAUCUCCACAUUUAGCACGUCACUUGAAAAAGCAUCAGAUAGAGGGAAUCCGCUUCUUAUGGCGUCAAACAAUGAUGUUGCAAACAGGGGGUGUCUUAGGGCAUGCUAUGGGAUUAGGAAAAACUCUUCAGGUCAUCACAUACCUGCAUACGAUAUUUCGUGAAAUUGCUAACGGCAAUCCAGAUCUGCCUGAAAAAGUCAAACCAGGACGUAUUCUUAUAUUAGCACCAGUCACCACUUUGAAGAAUUGGGAAAAUGAAUUCAAGACAUGGAUUCCUAGGUCUGAACAAUCCUUAAUACGACAGGUCAUCAAUUAUUCAUCGUACAAGGCUACAGGUGGAUAUUCUCGCGAAACAGUCUUGAGAACUUGGUUCAAACGAGGAGGAGUGUUACUGAUGGGAUACGAGGUGUUCCGACAAACAGUUAAAAACAUGGAUAGCUCACCCCAUCCCAUUCGGAAAUGGCUGGUAGAUCCUGGUCCCUCCGUCGUGAUCAUCGACGAAGGUCAUAGAAUCAAGAGCAACAAGUCGCAACUGUCUAGCGUAGUAAAGAUGUUCGAUACUAAAUUCAGAAUUUGCAUGACUGGCUAUCCGCUUCAAAAUAACUUGGAGGAAUACUAUUGCAUGAUCGACUUCGUUUAUCCUGGAUAUCUGGGAACCUUAUCUGAAUUCCGCAAUGCCUACAAGAAUCCCAUUGAAUACUUCUAUGAAGACAUCUCGCCUGCUGAAAGAUUCAUAUCCAGACGCCAAUUAUACAAAUUACAGCGUACUCUUGCAGAUCUCAUUCAUCGACGAGAUACCGCUAUAUUGCAAUCUGAAUUGAAGCCAAAGAAAGAAUUCGAUGUCUUUUGUAAACUGUCAACGGAGCAGUAUGAUGCUUACAAGCGAUGCCUUGAUGAUGCUGGAGUCGGCAGAAGUUUAGCCCCAAUUCAGGCGCUACAAGUAUUGCGUAACAUAUGCAAUCAUCCAGCUGCUUUCCUUGAGCAACUUCAGAAUGGGCAGAGCCGAGCCUCUGAUGACUUUAGCCAAGGCAGGAAGAAAUUAGACUCUAAUACAAUGGCCGAGACUUCAAACGUUUUGUCGCCUACACCCUCCUCUCCAGACACUCCAAAUGUUAGCCCGAUCUCAUCUGGUAUGAACGUUGUACCUGGCUUUGAUAAAAUGAUUGACGAUGAGGAGGUUACCAUUUCAAAAGAAGUAGCAAGCGCUUUCCAGACAACAAGAGAAUACCUGCAAAAUAUUUCUGAUUUGGAGAGCAUUGAACUCUCGUGCAAAUGCACUGUCAUGAUGAAACUUGUCAAAGAGAGCAUAAAGGUUGAAGACAAGUUAAUCAUAUUUUCUCACAGUAUCCCGACUCUCAAUUAUAUUAGCAGGCUUAUGAAAAGAGAAAAUAUCGAUAAUCUCAGAAUCGAUGGUUCAACGCCAGUUAUUCUACGACAAGAGAUUAUUGACAAAUUCAACAAAGGCAAACGAUGGCACGUUAUUUUGGUAUCAUCUAAAGCGGCUUCAAUUGGUAUCAAUCUCGUAUCGGCUAAUCGUGUUAUUUUAUAUGAUCUGGACUGGAAUCCAUGUCAUAACGAACAAGCUGUUGCGAGAGCGUAUCGCUUCGGACAGAAAAAAGAUGUGUUUGUAUAUCGACUGCAAACUUAUGACACUAUCGAACAAUCCAUCUUCCGCAUUAAUGAACACAAAACUGGUAUAUCAAGUCGAGUGGUAGACGAUAAGACGCUCAAGCCCCAAAAACUGGUUGUGAUGAAGGCAUUUUACAAACUACCAGCUCCGUCACCAAUCGAACCUUUGAUGGCAUCUGCUUAUACCGUUAUUGAGGAUCCAGUGUUAAAGGUGGUUGCUGAAGCAUGUAAGCAUAAGUUGGCUGACAUACAGCUUCACACAUCCUAUACGACGGAAUAUGCGCAUGAAGAGUUAAACGAGAAGCAGAAGGAAGAAAUCGAACAACAGUUAACUCUAGAGAAUAGGAUACGCAACGGUGAAGUAAUGGAAGUAGCGACCGCGACCCAGGAAAUAAUCACGAUAGCAGACUCACCCCCUGAAACUGAUGCUACUCAAACACCACUUCUACCGCAUCCCCAGCUUCCGACUACCUAUCGUCCGCGUGCCUCACAUCAUCCCAGCGCAACUCCUGGCGUUCCCUUUUCAGCAAUGGGAUCGAUUCCACAGCCUUCCACCAAGUUUUCUGGCAGUGCAUUUGCAUCACCGGCCCUUCUUUUCCGUGCUAAUUUACAAUAUCAGCAACCAAUUUUGACACCAAGCGGUACAGCAUCUACCGAAUGGAAGCGACCACAAACUGUUAGUCGAUCAAUGAACUCGACUGAGCAGCCAUAUCGGGAGAGCAAUCACGAUUACUCACAAAGCACAAGUGAUUUGCCUCAUAAUAGGCAACACACUGCCAAUCUACCUUCCAAUAUACCCAAUACAUUCCGAGGGCCCAACAACAUUGCAUACCCAAAUAGUACAGCGUACUAUCGUGAGGACACUCUGAUAGAUACCGCUGAACUUUUCAGACAACAGGUAGAGAAGUUUAAACUACAAUUGAAAGAUUAUGGAAACAAGUUUCCAGGCGGAACAAGUUCGGGCAAUCUUCCAAACAAUUCAUCAUUGCAAUAAGUGUUUACACAUUAUCAGGGAAACAGUGCCUCUCUGUUGUCUCUGUAAUAAACGUAUGAGUACCUGUUUAGAAAAGCCGAGCAUGCUAAAUAAAAUUUCCUGCAGCUUUUUUUAUUUUUUUUAA